AUGGGCUGCUGCCAAUCCCGAGAUGCAGCAGAACAUGACGCCCCGCGGCCACCCGGCACGACGUCAAUAACGAACCCCACCACCACAUCCACAGCAGGAGGACGCACGACAUCCACGCCCCGCAAUGCGCUCUCACCCACCACCACCACCUCCACCACUAUCCGCCCCAGCGGCCCCUCCACAACCCAAAUCCCCAUCACCUCGCGCCCCGACGCCCCCAUCCGCUCCUGCUCACCCCCCGCCCGCAGCCCCGCGAAAGUCUCGCACCACCUACCCCCGUGGACGCGCAAACACCUCGAGCGCGAGCGCGAAGCCUUCUUCGACACGCGGGUGACCGGCAGCGCGGAGAUCUGGGCUGCGCUGCGGCUUGUGUGCGAUUUGCUGCGCAAGUUCGAAGUCGCGGAGGCGCAGGGGAUUCUGACUGCGUUGAAUCUCACUUGUCCUACUGGGCGGAUUGUGAGGGAGAGGGGAAGGCAUAAGGAGCGGGGAGGCGUGUUUGACGAGAGGGGCGUUUUGUACGAAUUGCCUGGAUGGGUGGUUACGGAUCCGGAGGAUAUUAUUGAGGAUAGCGGGCUGGAGAAGGAGGAGGAGGAGUAUGAUGAGGGGGAACUAGGGACGUCGGAAGACGACGAAGAGUACGACGCGGAUGGAAUCACGAGCGCUUCGCAGCGACAACAGCAAUUACAGCGCCGGCGGGAGGAGAAGGGCAAAGGGCGCGCCGAGGAUCCCGGGGAGCUGGUCGUCUUCACCGCCCGCUUGAGCCAUACGGGCACCGACGUGGUGCUCAACGUCGGCAUGAAGCAGAAGAUCGCCGAGAUUGCGCGCCUGGUGCAGCAGCAGUUGGGCGGGGGGAAGAGGGUGCGGCUGGUGUAUUUGGGGCAGACGCUUGAUGAGCGCGCCGCGCUUGAGCAGACGCUUUGGAUGCGCGGGCAUGUGGUGAAUGCUUUGGUGUUUGAGGGGGAGGAGAAGGGGUGA